GCGGCCAAUUGCCGCAGCAGCGACCGCCGCAGGCAGCGCAGCAGCGGCAGCGGUUGCGAACGCAGGCCGCCGCCGCGAGUGCGGCGGACAGUGACGCUGGGGCAGCGGCAGCGGUGGCCACGCAGGAGCGCAAGGCAGGCAGCGGCAAGAUUGGGGAUGCUGCGGGGCGCGGCAUGGUGGACCUGAACCCGCCGCGCGGCACCCGCGACUUCUUCCCCGAAGACAAGCGCCUGCAGAACUGGCUCUUUGACGAGUUUGCCGCCGUCUCCCGCCUCUACGGCUUUCAGCAGAUCGACUUCCCAGUGCUGGAGUCGGAGGAGCUGUACGUGCGCAAGGCGGGGGAGGAGAUCACGGAGCAGCUGUACAACUUUGAGGACAAGGGCGGGCGGCGCGUGACGCUGCGCCCCGAGCUCACCCCCAGCCUGGCGCGCCUGGCGCUGCAGAAGGGCAAGGGCCUGGCCCUGCCCGCCAAGUGGUUCUCCAUCGGCCAGUGCUGGCGGUACGAGCGGGCCACGCGGGGGCGGCGGCGAGAGCACUACCAAUGGAACAUGGACGUCAUCGGGGUGCCAGGCGUGGAGGCGGAGGCGGAGCUGCUGGCCGCCAUCGUGACUUUCUUCCAGCGCCUGGGGCUGGGCGCCGCCGACGUGGGCCUCAAGGUCAGCAGCCGCAAGGUGCUGCAGGCGGUGCUGCAGCGGUAUGGCGUGGCGGAGGCCUCCUUUGGGCCCGUGUGCGUGGUGGUGGACAAGAUGGAGAAGAUUCCGCGGGACAAGGUGGUCGAGGAGCUGGCCAAGCUGGGCGUGGCAGCCGACGCGAUAGACGGCAUCCUGCAGGCGCUGGCGCUGAGCAGCGUGGAGGAGCUGGAGGGGUUGCUGGGCGGCGACAAUGUGGCAGUGGCCGACCUGCGCCGCCUCUUUGAGCUGGCGGCGGCGUACGGCUACGCCGACUGGCUGGUGUUUGAUGCCAGCGUGGUGCGCGGCCUGGCCUACUACACGGGCAUGGUGUUUGAGGGCUUUGACCGCGCCGGCCAGCUGCGCGCGAUCUGCGGCGGCGGCCGCUACGACCGGCUGCUGGGCACGUUUGGCGGGGAGGACCAGCCGUGCGCCGGGUUUGGGUUUGGCGACGCCGUCAUCGUGGAGCUGCUCAAGGACAGGAAGCUGCUGCCGCAGCUGCGCCACGAGGUGGACGACUUGGUGAUGGCGCAGGAGGAGGGGCUGCGGGCGGAGGCGACGGCGCUGGCGGCGCGGCUGCGGGCAGCGGGGCGGCGCGUGGACCUGGUGCUGGAGCCCAAGCGCAUAAAGUGGGCCUUCAAGCAGGCAGAGCGGUGCAGCGCAGCCCGGCUGGUGCUGGUGGCGCCGGAUGAGUGGGCCAACGGGACUGUGCGGGUCAAGGACCUGGCCAGCCGGCAGGAGCGGGAUGUGCCGGUGGAGGAGCUGGUGUGA